UGCUGCCAUGGACAGAGAGGCAGAGAGAGAGAAAGAGUGUGUGUGUGUGUGUGAGAGAGUGCAUAAACAAAACAAGAGUUGUUUUCUACAUUGAAACCACAUAACAUUAAGAUCUGCGUUAACAAGUAAACUCUCUCUCAAGCAGAAGGCAUUGUCUACUGCCACAGGCAUGGGUGAAGAAAAGAAGGAAGAAGGAAAUAAAGAAGUAAAAGAGGAAAAGAAGGUAGAAGAGAAGAAGGAUGAAAGCAAGGAGGAGCCACCACCGGAGAUAGUGCUCAAAGUUGACAUGCACUGUGAGGCCUGUGCAAGGAAAGUUGCAAAAGCAUUGAAAGGAUUCCAAGGAGUGGAAGAUGUGACUGCGGAUAGCAGGACAAGCAAAGUGGUAGUGAAAGGAACGGCAGCAGACCCCAUAAAGGUGCUUGAGAGGCUACAAAAGAAAAGUGGAAAGAAAGUGGAGCUUAUUUCACCGUUGCCAAAAGCUCCAGAGGAGAAAAAAGAAGAAAUCAAAGAACCACCACCUAAAGAAGAGAAAAAAGACGAGCCUCCUUCUGCGGUAACUGUUGUGCUAAAAAUUCGAAUGCAUUGUGAAGCGUGUGCUCAAGCUAUACAGAAGCGAAUCCGUAAGAUUAAAGGAGUAGAAUCAGUGGAAACAGAUUUGGCAAACGAUCAAGUCAUAGUAAAAGGUGUGAUCGACCCUGCGAAGCUUGUUGACAAUGUAUAUAAGAGGACCAAAAAGCAAGCAUCUAUUGUGAAGGAGGAAGAAAAGAAGGUAGAAGAAAAGAAAGAAGAGGAGAAAAAGGAAGAAAAAAAAGUUGAAGAAGAAAACAAGGAACAAGAAGAAGAAGAAGAAGAUAACAAAACUGAAAUCAAGCGAAGUGAAUACUGGCCAGCCAAAAACUACAUCGACUACGCUUAUGACCCUGAGAUUUUCAGCGACGAGAACCCAAAUGCAUGUUCUGUUAUGUAAACCAGCAAGUGAUUCCGUAUUGCGGUUGGAGUGUUAAUUAGCUCAAGUAAUUUUCUUUUCCAUGUUGUCAUAGCUUGUUUCUAAGAAUAUGUAGCAGUGUGAGUAUGUUAAGGGUAUAUUCCUUCCUUUCCACAGCGUCCCUCAAAGCUAAAUGUCUUGUUUCUUGUGCUUUUGAGGUUUCAAGACAAAGGGUGGGUAAAAGUGCUUCAGUUGGUGCAAUGCAAGGGUUAAACAUGCUUCACUGAAUUUUGGCCUAAAAUCUCUUUGCCCAUGAAUGUUGAAGUUGAAAAUUGCAUGCAAUCGUUUCUCUUAA